UUUUUUAAAAGGCUGCGGGGCUCGUGAUGGGGCAGCUAUUUGCUAAACUCCUGAGCGUUUUCGGAAGCCGCGAACAUAAAGUUAUAAUUAUUGGCUUGGACAAUGCUGGGAAAACCACCAUUCUCUACCAGUUCUUAAUGAAUGAGGUCGUGCACACGUCUCCUACGAUCGGCAGCAAUGUGGAAGAAAUCACUCUGCGCAAGACCCACUUCCUGAUGUGGGAUAUUGGUGGGCAGGAAACCCUAAGGUCUACCUGGAACACGUACUAUUCCAACACAGAGUUUGUCAUUCUUGUGAUCGAUAGCACGGACCGCGAGAGGCUGACAGUGACAAAAGAGGAGCUGUACAAGAUGCUAGCUCAUGAGGACCUGCGUAAUGCAGCUGUGUUAAUAUUUGCCAACAAGCAAGAUGUCAAAAAUUCCAUGUCUACCUCUGAGAUCUCAAACUUCCUCACCCUGAGCUCCAUCAAAGACCAUCCGUGGCAUAUUCAAGGAUGUUGUGCACUCACAGGAGAGGGCCUUCCAGCUGGUUUAGAAUGGAUGAUUUCUCGAGUUCCAGCAAAGUGACAUCAGCCAAAGUUACUGUAGGGAAGGAGAGAAGAAGAAAAACCUCGUGUGUAUUUAUUUCCACUUUGCAAAACUCUCAGGACCUAUUGGAUAUUGAUGGGAUUUCUUCUUUCUGAAGCCAUCAGAACCUGAUUUUAUACAUUUCUCAGAACAUGGACUAUUAUAGAAGAUGAUAGUGAAAUUGUGCCUGCGGAGGGAAAGGAUGGGAAGAUACUUCUUGGACCAAAUCUUUGUGAUACAGGAAGGAGAACAGGCAUCACACCAUUAUAUAGGACAGCAAAAGCUGCAGAGGGGAGCAGGCUUUGCAUCUUUCCUGAGAGAACAGCACAACAUGACUUUAAAGUGUCAGCCUUGUGAACAUUUAAAAAAAGUCAUGAAAAAGCUACUGAACAGGAAAACAAACAGUGUUUUCAGCCUUCCAUCCCUAAAAAGACCAUGCGUUGCCUUUUCAUUUUGUGAUCAAAAACCAGUGUGGUGCAGUGUGCCUUGACUUUUCGCUCUGGCCUCUGACAUGCCUGAGCUUCUUUCCAAGUUGAGAAGAUGCCUCAAGAGACUUCUGCAGCCAAUGUGGGAUUCUUCUUGUUCUCCGAGGAAUUGUUCUGAUUGCUUUAUAAAUAGUCUACAAGAGAAUAA